AUGUCAUACUACGGCGACGACAACAGACCGAGGAGAGCAAAGAGCACCCGAGAGCGAUCAAGAAGGGACGAUUAUGAUGGCGGCACCAUCUACGACGAGAACGUGAGAGAUACCCGCAUCGUCAGACGCCGAGAUGACAGUGUCUCCUCCGUCGAAGAGAUCUCGCGAGGAGACGUGGAGCCGGGCAGUGCUUAUUAUCGUGAAACCACGGUGCGCAAGAGCGGCCAUCGUCCAGUUCGCACCAGGUCAGACGACGACCGCUGGUACGACGAUCGCUACGAUGAUUCGACCUAUGUUUCGCGCCGCAGACGCGAUGAUGAAUAUACCGUCGCCGGUGGUCGUAGUCGCAGAGGCAAAGACCAUGAUGACAGACAUCGUUCUCACCGCCGUGACGACUCUUACGACUCCUACUCUUCGCGCAGCCGCACUCCUGAGAAGAAGAAAGAGCGCAGAAAGUCUACAACCGAAGAGGUACUAGGCUCUCUCGGCCUUGGUGGUCUUGCAGGAGCAGUCCUCGGCAAGAGUCGUGACCGAUCACGAGAUAGGGAUAGCGAUCGCAGUCGCCACCGUAGUCGAAGCAGAGCAGGUGGCCGCCGACGUUCGUCAUCCGAAACGUCCAGACAUCGAAGUAAGAGUCGCGGCAAAGCAAGCAAGAACGAGCAGUAUUCUCAGGCCAUCAAAGCAGCCGUCUUAGCCGGGGCCAGCGAGGCCUUCCGUUCUCGCAAAGAACCAGGCGGCUGGGGUGGCAACAAGGGCAAACGAGUCUUGACUGCUGCCCUCGCGGCUGGAGGUGUCGACGGCUUGAUCUCCAACAAAGACGAUCCUCAUCACCACAACAAGCGUGACAUUGUGGGAUCCGCCAUCGCCGGUCUAGCCACCAACCGCAUCAUCAACGGUGCCCGCUCCAAGUCUCGUGGCAGGGGUGGCAGCCCUGACUCGCGUGGUCGGAGCCGAUCUCGAGGUGGGAUCGGAGAUCUAGCUGCUGGGGGCGUCGUGGCGGCCACCGCGAAGAAGGUGUAUGAUUCCGUACGAUCUCGCUCUCGCGGUCGGGCUCGCUCUCGAGACUCGUCUUACGACAGCCGCUAUGACAGCCCUCCGCGUCAGAAGAGGAGCCGCAGCGUGUCUCGGGUUGCUGCCAAAGGACUCGCAGCACUCGGCCUGAAGGAUGCCGCCGACAAGGUAGAUCCUGAACGACGCUCUUCCUCGCGACACUAUGAUGACUACUAUGAUGAUGGACGAUCGAGUCGAAAUGGAGGAUAUUAUAAUGAUUCCAGAGAUGUAGGUACCACUCAACCCCAACAAAAUCAUCCGCGUGACCGUCUCCGUUCCAUGAGCCUGCCCCGAGGGCAUCCUCCUGGUUAUGAGCUGGAUUACGGACCGCGUCAUACUGGUGAUCCAGACACAGACACCGAUUCUGACCUCGGCUCCAGUUCCGAAGAUGAGAAAAGGCUGAAGAAGGGCAAAAAGAAGAUGUUGCUCACCGGAGGCCUGGCCACCGUAGCAACCAUCCAUGCCGCCCACAACGUCUACCAGAGUAUGGAGAAGAGAGAAGCGCGGCGAAAGGCACUGAGAGAAGGUGACAUCAGUAGAGAGGAGGCGAGGCGCGAGAAGAACAAGGCAAGGCUUCAAGACGCUGCCAGUAUUGGUAUUGCAGCGCUGGGCCUCAAGGGCGCCUAUAGUGAGUGGAAGGAGACGCAAGAGUUCAAUCGUCAGAGGAGGGAGGAGGAGGAAAAGAUCGAACGGCACGCCAGGAAACGGGAGGCAAGGAGACGGAAGAUGAGUAUGCUUGCGACAAACGAUUAUGUCAACAGCAAUUAUACUGGGAGCAUGCCGAAUCUCAACACGUACAGUCAGGAGGUGUACCAUCCGAACGGAGCACAUGCUCCUUUCGCGUCGACAUCUGAAGUUCACUAUACAGACGACAACCCGUACGGAGCCAUGUCGCAAACAGCAGUACAGUAUGCGGCUCCUCCCCCUGCUCCACCGGGACCUACCCCUUCAACAGGCUUCCCUCCUCCGCCAAUAGGUGUACCUCCUCCAGGUGGACACUAUCCACCAUAUUGA